UGUAUCUUUUGCUACUGAACAGAUAUGUUGCGAUACUAACUAGCUACACACUGGCAUUAAAGCCGCGAAAAGAUGCUCCUUCACGGGAUUAAAACUAUAAAACAAACAACAAGAAGUCUGGAAAAACUUUGUCCAACUGUACCCAAACUUUGAUAAGACUGCAACCCAUAUCACUUUCCUUCAGUUUCGAGUGUGUUAGCAUUGUUUUAUCUCACCACUAUUGCCAUUGGAUUUUUUUUCUUCUGGAGCAGUCCAGUCUGAUGAAUUCACCGAAAAAAGACGGAGAUGAUGAUGUGCCCGUUAAAGACCCGGUAAAAUACGGCGAAUUGGUCAUUUUGGGCUACAAUGGCUCUCUUCCAAGCGGAGACCGUGGGCGUAGAAAGAGUCGCUUCGCUCUGUACCGAAGAGCCAAGGCCAACGGCGUCAAACCCAGCGCUGUGCACAUCCUCAACACACCACAGGACAGCAAGGCUGUCCACAGCAGAGGGCAGCACAGCAUCUCUUUCACGCUGUCCCGUAACCAGACGGUGGUGGUGGAGUACUGCCAUGACAACAACACAGAUAUGUUCCAGAUUGGACGCUCCACAGAAAGUCCCAUUGACUUUGUGGUGACAGACACCUCCGGAGGGGGAAAGGAGGGGGAGGACCCCUCCAUUGCUCCCAGCACCAUCUCACGUUUUGCCUGCAGAGUGGUGUGUGAACGCAACCCACCUUACACUGCACGCAUCUAUGCAGCUGGCUUUGACUCCUCCAAAAAUAUCUUCCUAGGGGAGAAAGCAACAAAGUGGAAAAACCCUGAUGGGCAUAUGGACGGCCUGACUACCAACGGGGUGCUAGUGAUGCACCCAGAGGGGUUUCCAGAGGACCCCAAGCAGGGUCUGUGGAGGGAGAUCUCUGUCUGUGGCGAUGUCUAUGCCCUGCGGGAGACACGCUCUGGGCCCAGCCGGGGAAAACUGGCGGAGGGUGAGAGCAGCGCACUGCGUGACGGUUCCCUGGUGGACCUGUGUGGCGCCACCCUGCUGUGGCGUACAGGUGAGGGGCUCAUGCGUUCUCCAACCCUCCGUCACCUGGAAGCACUUCGCCAGGAACUUAAUGCGUCGCGGCCCCAGUGUCCUGUUGGCCUCAGCACACUGGCCUUUCCCAGCCUGCCACGCAGCCACAGCCUUGAAGAGCGUCAGCCAUGGGUCUACCUCGCUUGCGGCCAUGUCCAUGGACGUCACGACUGGGGCCAGAGAUCUGAGGGAGUGGAGGAGCCGGGAGAGGGCGACGGUUCCACAGUCCGCCGAGAAUGUCCCCUGUGCAGGAGUGUGGGUCCUUACGUGCCCCUGUGGCUGGGCUGUGAGCCUGCUGUGUACGUGGACGCUGGAGCUCCCACUCACGGUUUUGUGCCGUGCGGCCACGUCUCCUCAGAGAGGACAUGCAGGUACUGGGCCGAGACCCCGCUUCCCCACGGGACGCAUGCCUUCAGACCCAUCUGCCCCUUCUGCUCCACUGCCCUCAGCUCCCCCGGCUGGACGCGGCUCAUCUUCCAGGGCCCCAUUGAUUAGCCGCCACUCCCCAGCAACCACUAUCACAGGAACAAAAAGACAUUCCCGAGCUUCAUUCAUGUUGCAAACGUUGAUCAGUGUUCAGUAAAGAUUAGGAGUGCCCGUCAUUUUCACAUUAUAAAAGCAUGUGUGUUUUGCACUCAGGCCACACAUUCUAUGUGCAUAACAAACACUGUCCAACGUUGUUACUGAGUGCAGCCCAAGGCUGAAUAAUAAUUUCCUUUGUUUAUCCUUCGAUGCUGGUUGAUUGGUAUAUGGUCUGGAGUAUAAACAAAAAAAACAUGACCAAAUAAUCAAUACUGUUAUAUGGACAGUAUUUACUGUAAACUCUACAUGGUGCCCAGUCCUCCAUCACGGAGGAGUCUGUUGUUUUUCAUUCCAGCCAAACACUACGCUAGCUGAUUUCACUGAUUACCCAACCUUCAACAGGAGAGGGUUCUCAAAAGUAAACUGUAUAGACACAGGAGUUUAAACGAUGCUGCUUGACCCUUUUCAAACCAUUAUUUUCACUCACUUGACCUGCACGUCUAGCACGUCUGCGAGAUGUGUGUCCUUAACCUGUUUAAACACCGCAUCUUGCACUUCUCAGCCUGCCAUAUCUGACCCCUUCUUAAAGGUACAAUGUGUAAGAUUUUGAUUUUGCGUUAUAGAGAUAUCCACUGAUGUUGGCACGUUAAACAGCUAGCCUUGGCUCGUUCUGUGUUGUAAUACCACUUUGAGAGGUGAUAGUGAGUCACAGUAGCGUCCAGUUCAGUCUCAGAGGAGGAAGACAUAGCCCUGCCCUGAGGGCCUGUCAAUCGAUGCGGCUGCAUAUGAUAUUAAUGAUCUGAUUCUGGUAAAUGAUGAAAUUUGCGUUACAUACUUGCCAAUCCUUUUGGUUUCUCUGUCCAUCUCCCUGCUGUUCUCCUGGAGAUUAAAUUCCUUAACCUGCCCAAUUUAAUUGUUGCAGAACACCCUCCUAAUCCAGGAAGACUUAAAAGCUUAAUUCAUGAGGUUAUUAUAAAGAUACUCUUAAUUUUGCAUGUGAUUAUAAAAGAGCAAAGGAGCAGAAUCGCUUGGAGAACAGCCUGGCUGAGCAGGAGGUGAAAAGCUGCCUCCUAUUUGUUUGGAGCAUGCGGCCAGGGGAUUACACAUUGUACCUUUUUGAAUUUCUAAAACAUGUUACUUUUAAUUGUUAUGAAGUGCUGCCACGCAAGGACUUAUUUUCUUUGAUCACCGUACACUAUAAGCUAUCUGGCCUCAUUUCCUGCAAAAUCCACCUUCUCCUUUAUUUCACAUCAGGUCUCUUCAUAUUUCAGUUUCCAUACUCUGUUUUACUUCCUGAAUCAACAGCUGAACUCCUUAUUGUAUUGUUGUGGGAGAUUACAAAGUGAGAUCAUAGGCUUGUGCUUCUAUUCAGCAUUUCUAGUUCCUAGUGAUUCAAGGAGGUAAAUGUAUGAACACUGUGUAAAAUCACAUGCACUUUUCAUAUUUUGUUUUCAUGUAUGCCUUUUUAGUGUGAAAUCUUUGCAGAGAUACCCCAUAAAUGAGACCCCCUGUGUAGUAUUAGGUUGGAAUGAAAGCCCGCCGACAGAUUAUCUCUAAAGCACUAGAGGGAACACUACGUACUGUAUGAAUCACAAAGAAUUCACCUGCAAGGGCCAGAUAUUAUGAUCAAGCAGACCCAAGGAUAAGCAAGGGCUGGGAAUGAAACCGGGUAAAAUCCACUUCAUAACUCUCUACAGCAAUAAUAGCACUCCCAUAGAUAAGCUAGAUGUUGUGCUAUGUUUAGCCAAGUGUUAGCGGUCACUUCAAACAUGGCUGAUAUGGUUUCCAGGAUAAGGGCUCAACCAGAGGCGUGUUCAAUGUCAUGAUUUAUUUUCUUUCCAAAUUAGGUCUUAGACCAGUGAUCCAAGUUUGUUUGUGAUGUAACCAAAGCACUAGAACUGAAUCAGUGAUUAAACACCUGACAUGUAUUUAAAUACUUAUUUCAUAAGCAGACUAAACAGAAAUGAGCAUGUUUAGGCUGCAGCUGCCGUCAUGAAAGGACAUGUCGCGGCUGUUUUGUUCAUUUGAACACACUUCUGGUUACUGAAUUAUGCUAAAACAGGGUCCUUGUUAGUAUGACGGAGUGUCAAAAAGGUUUGACCUUGCAUAACCUCAAAAGAUAACCUUUUGUUUGUUUAUUUGUUUCAAAGAAAACUAUUUUGUUAGGAAAUGGGGAGGGAUUUAUUUAGGGAAGCGGGAGGAAUUAUUUUGGAUGUUCAGUGUUUAAAAAAAAAACACAACUAUUUUUCUAACUAAUAAUUGGUUUUAGUUAAAUGUUGUUACUCAGUGUAAGCAAGUUCUGUAUGUUUUCUUAAUAUUCUCGUGUGGUAGAUCUAGGAGAGCUUGUGAGUGAGAAAACAUUGCCAACACUGUGUCCAACAAACACACACUUAACACACUGCUACCAUAAAACAUUGCUCAGACAAUGAAUGUAGCCAAAUACUCAGGCUAUAUUUAGCCUUCCCUGGUGCUCAUAUUGAAUGGUCUAUAUUGUGAUACUAUUUUUGUAACUGAAUAUUAUGGUGUAGCUUGGUGAACUAGCUCGAAAAGUCAAAUACUUUCAAUAAUAUCCUCAAGUGUGCAAGACGUAUAAUUGAUAAUACACACUCACGUGGAAAUUGUGUCUAGCUUGCAUGUGCUGAACGUACACAUACAGUAUGUACACUACACACACACUUACUCAAAAACUUUGCACGGUUGAUUGCCAACCAGUUAUUCAUGCUCAGAGCGUUUGUCGCAGACCAAGAUGUCUUCCGAGUUCUCGGCUGUUAAAACUGCAGCGUUUCAGUUUUUUUGUUGUUUUGGAAGACCUCUCCAAAAGACAGAACAGAGAGAGUGAGAUUAAAAAAAAAUCCUGAUACUUGAUAGAGUUGUGACUUUUGUGAAUGAGACCUAUCAAAUCCCACUUUGUACUACUAUGCUUAUACUGUCCACCAAACCAGUUCACCGCGUCAACACUUGUUUUCAUUUUGUAUUUAGACUGAUCAUGGAACAUUUCAAGCUAUUGAAAGUCAGCCUGCUCGUUUUCAAAAUACUGUAUUUUCCUUUUGAAGUCUAAAUACAAGAUUUAAACUCCAUACAGUGCGGUGAGUUGACGUGGUGUUGAUAAUUACUGUAGCUCAGGAUUAGUGAUUUCAGAUUCACAGCUGACAAGGACUGAAGGAAGCCUGGUAGAAGACACUUACAGUGAAAUAAAACAAAAAAAAACAUAUUAAAUGUCAGAUUAAUCAUCUCAUGUAAAGGCCAAAUGUUAGAGGGCAUACAGUAGGGUAGAUCACAUACGGGUCUUAAUAAAAGAGGUCUAGUAAAAUAGGCUAUGAAAACAUCUUGAUCAACUGCCCUUUACUAAGCACGCCAAAUCCAGUGAAUCCUGCUUUUGAAUAUAAUAUAUAAAACAAUAAAUGUAACGGCAUUGGCAUGUGGAUGGAAGAGUCGUUGCAGCACCCUGAUUGGCUUCUAGUUUAUGACCUGACACAUUUAAUUAAGUUAAUCUUUACUCUUCCUUUUGUUCUUCAUUUGAACCCUCUUUGGGUCAUAGAUGUCCAUAUGCAAUUUCCUUUCCCCUUACUUUUAGAUUUUAAUAUCAGAGCAUUUUUUAGAUAGCCUACAGUAUUUUAGCGUGGCAUAGGAUUGUUUAAUACCACCAGUAACAUCAUUAGCUCUUCCUUAACUUUGUUUUAUACUACAUGUAUCGGUUGACCUUCAUUCCAGGUGGCAAAACCUCAAACUCUGAACUUUAUGAACUCAUCCUAUUAUAGGUGAGUGAGUAGCUGACACGUAUUAUACCGCGUAAAAACCUCACACUUAAUAAUGCAUUCCUUUAAAUACAUCUGUGUUAUGUACAGCUGUUUUGUAUUAUUUUAUAUCAUAUUCUUCUGUAAUUGUCCGGUGCACAGACAAUCGCUAUACACAUGUCAAUAAACCUGUUAAAAAGUUU